UGUUGUGUGAAAACUCGGCGUGGGUGCCCAUGUGGCUGUCCAGUUCAGUGUGAUUCAUGACGGAGGACACGCGGCUCUACCCUCUCUCUCCUCGGUGCUUUUCCCACAUGAGGAGAAGGUGAGCUUCGUAGAAGACACGUUCCCAGAGUCAGAGACCCUUUGCCCACCAUGAAGGGAGCCUGCAUCCUUGCAUGGCUGUUCUCAAGCCUGGGAGUGUGGAGACUCGCCCGCCCCGAGACCCAGGAUCCCACCCAGUGCCAGAGAGCCGAGCAUCCUGUCAUCUCCUACAAAGAAAUUGGCCCCUGGUUACGGGAGUUCAGAGCGGAGAAUGCUGUGGAUUUCUCGAGGUUAACAUUUGACCCAGGACAGAAAGAACUUGUCGUAGGAACAAGGAACUAUCUCUUCAGAUUACAGCUUGAAGAUCUGUCUCUCAUCCAGGCUGUGGAGUGGGAGUGUGAUGAAGCUACCAAGAAGGCCUGUUACAGCAAGGGCAAAUCUAAGGAAGAAUGCCAGAACUAUAUCAGAGUGCUCUUAGUGGGCGGGGACCGGCUAUUCACCUGUGGGACCAAUGCUUUCACACCUGUCUGUACCAUCCGCUCGUUAAGUAACCUGACUGAGAUCCACGAUCAGAUCAGUGGCAUGGCGCGCUGUCCCUACAGUCCCCAGCACAAUUCGACAGCUCUGCUCACAGCCAGUGGGGAGCUUUAUGCUGCAACAGCCAUGGACUUCCCAGGGCGAGAUCCAGCCAUUUACAGAAGUCUGGGUUCGCUACCUCCUCUUCGAACUGCACAGUACAAUUCCAAAUGGCUCAAUGAACCAAACUUUGUGUCUUCCUACGACAUUGGCAACUUCACCUACUUCUUCUUUCGAGAAAAUGCCGUGGAGCAUGACUGUGGGAAGACCGUGUUCUCCAGGGCUGCCCGGGUCUGCAAGAACGAUAUCGGAGGGCGAUUCCUCCUAGAGGACACCUGGACCACCUUCAUGAAGGCUCGCCUCAACUGCUCCCGGCCCGGUGAGGUGCCCUUCUACUACAACGAGCUGCAGGGCACCUUCUUCCUGCCAGAGCUGGACCUGAUCUAUGGCAUCUUCACCACCAACGUGAACAGCAUCGCUGCCUCUGCCGUGUGUGUCUUCAACCUGAGUGCCAUCUCGCAGGCCUUCAAUGGACCUUUCAAGUACCAGGAGAACUCUCGCUCAGCCUGGCUGCCUUAUCCCAACCCCAACCCCAAUUUUCAGUGCGGCACCAUGGACCAGGGCCUGUAUGUAAACCUGACAGAAAGAAACCUACAGGACGCUCAGAAGUUCAUUCUGAUGCAUGAGGUGGUACAGCCAGUGACCACUGUGCCCUCCUUCAUGGAGGACAACAGCCGCUUCUCCCACGUGGCCGUCGACGUGGUGCAGGGCAGGGACACACUCGUCCACAUCAUCUAUCUGGCCACAGAUUAUGGCACCAUCAAGAAAGUACGGGCUCCCCUGAGUCAGACCUCAGGCAGCUGUUUGCUGGAAGAAAUUGAGCUUUUCCCAGAGAGGAGGAGGGAGCCCAUCAGGAGCCUGCAAAUCCUCCACAGCCAGAGCGUCCUAUUUGUGGGACUACAGGAACAUGUAGCCAAGAUCCCACUGAAGAGGUGCCACUUCCACCAAACACACAGUGCCUGCAUUGGUGCCCAGGACCCUUACUGCGGCUGGGAUGUGGUGAUGAAGAAGUGUACGAGCCUGGAGGAGAGUCUGAGCAUGACGCAGUGGGAGCAGAGCAUCUCCACCUGUCCGACCAGAAACCUCACUGUGGAUGGGAGCUUUGGCCCAUGGUCUCCGUGGACACCCUGUACACACACAGAUGGCGCUGCUGUGGGAUCCUGCCUCUGCCGGUUGCGGUCCUGUGACAGCCCGGCUCCACGGUGCGGUGGCUGGCAGUGCGAGGGCCCUAGGAUGGAGAUCACCAACUGUUCCAGGAAUGGAGGCUGGACUCCCUGGACCUCUUGGUCACCCUGCAGCACCACCUGCGGCAUUGGCUUCCAGGUGCGGCAACGCUCCUGCAGCAACCCCACACCCAGGCAUGGAGGCCGCGUGUGCGUGGGCCAGAACCGGGAGGAAAGAUACUGCAAUGAACAUCUGCUCUGCCCACCGCAUGUGUUCUGGACAGGCUGGGGACCUUGGGAGCGGUGCACGGCCCAGUGUGGGGGUGGCAUUCAAGCCCGUCGUAGGACCUGUGAAAAUGGGCCGGACUGUGCAGGAUGUAAUGUGGAGUACCAGCCCUGUAACACUAACGCGUGCCCAGAGCUGAAGAAGACCACGCCGUGGACGCCCUGGACACCUGUCAACAUCUCGGACAACGGUGGUCACUAUGAGCAGCGGUUCCGAUACACUUGUAAAGCCCGCCUGCCGGAUCCCAACCUGCUGGAAGUGGGGAGGCAGAGGAUUGAAAUGCGGUACUGUUCCAGCGAUGGUACCAGCGGCUGCUCCACAGAUGGACUUUCUGGAGACUUUCUACGAGCAGGGAGAUACUCUGCUCAUACUGUCAAUGGGGCCUGGUCAGCCUGGACUUCCUGGUCCCAGUGCAGCCGAGACUGCAGCAGGGGCAUUCGGAACAGGAAGCGUGUUUGCAACAACCCAGAACCCAAGUAUGGAGGUAUGCCAUGCCUUGGCCCGUCCCUGGAGUUCCAGGAGUGCAACAUUUUACCCUGUCCAGUGGAUGGUAUGUGGUCCUGUUGGUCAUCCUGGUCUAAAUGCUCAGCCACCUGUGGGGGUGGACACUACAUGAGAACCCGCUCUUGUACGAAUCCAGCCCCAGCCUACGGAGGGGACAUCUGCCUGGGGCUGCACACGGAGGAGGCGCUCUGCAAUACACAAACCUGUCCAGAGAGCUGGUCAGAGUGGUCCGACUGGUCUGUGUGUGAUGCCCCUGGCAUCCAGGUCCGUGCUCGGCAGUGUAUUCUUCUGUUUCCUGUGGGUAGCCAGUGUUCCGGAAAUACCACAGAGAGUCGGCCAUGUGUGUUUGACUCUAAUUUCAUCCCAGAAGUGUCUGUGGCAAGAUCCAGCAGUGUGGAAGAGAAAAGGUGUGGAGAGUUCAACAUGUUCCACAUGAUGGCCGUGGGGCUCAGCAGUUCCAUCCUUGGCUGCCUCCUUACCCUGCUCGUCUACACCUACUGCCAGCGGUACCAGCAGCAGUCCCAUGAUGCAACUGUCAUCCACCCUGUCUCCCCUGCUGCUCUCAACAGCAGCAUAACCAACCACAUCAACAAACUGGAGAAAUACGAUUCAGUGGAGGCCAUCAAGGCAUUUAACAAAAACAACUUGAUCCUAGAGGAGAGAAACAAAUACUUCAGCCCCCAUCUCACUGGGAAGACCUAUUCCAACGCCUACUUUACAGAUCUCAACAAUUAUGACGACUACUAGCAGCUCUUUCGCUUCUGGCUCCUUGGAAACUCUCUGCUUCUCAAAGCCGUGCUCCAUGACUGCCCUUAUUUCUGAGGCUUCAGAGAUAAAGUGUGGAUCCAUUUCAAGUCAGGACUUCCCCAUCGCUACAAAAGACACACACCCUUAGGCACCUACGUGUCGGGUUGUGGCAGUCUGGUCUGCAGCAAACAUUUGAUUGUUGCUAAGUGAGCCAUGCUGUGAAGUUUUGCAUUGUGCUCCUCCCAGACUCUAACUGGUCUCUUGUUUCAUGAAUUUAAUUUCAUAAAUGUGCCAACCACGUUAGAAAGUGUCUUCAGAAAUGUAGCAUAUCUUCAUGCUUUCGAGUGUAGGGCUUCAUGAUGUUUUAAUUUGAAAACAAACAAACAAACAACAAAAAGCCAGGCACUUUAUCUGUGAGAUCCCUUCCCUCACAAGGUCCAUUGUAAUUCAAAGAAUGAAGAUAUGACUAUGGCCAACUCUCCCAACAUGGGUUACUCUGUGGGUUCUUGGAAAGAGCUUGCUUGCACUUGGAGUGAUUCCUGCCCAGGGAAGACCAGGGAUUCCGCCUGCCCUGGACCUGCUGAGUUGUGGUCCCCUUGCUGUGUUCUGGGAUACUGACUGUCAUCACUGUGCAGCGAACACAUGAAACAGAAAACAGACAGCGAGACACACAGCAGUGUCCUGCAGUUUGUAGCGAAACUAGCCUUACUCUGACUUUCCGAUUCCGUGGUAUUCCAGGGACCUCCUUGCCAUGCUAUAGGCCUGCAGGCCACCUGCCUGGGCAGUGGGAAUGUGCUGAAGAGCCAGUCUUAGCAUUGGGGUACACUCCAUGCCCCUCUCUCCUUCCCUGUGAAAAAAUUCUUGAGCAUUAUGAUGCCAGUUAUGGAAAACAUUGAAAGUACCAAACUGUAAUGGAAAGCUACUCUUUAUUUUUUUGUGUUAUGCAGUGUUGAGUGAACUGAUGUUUAUUGACAAACAGUUUUUGUAUUCAGCAUCUCUGAUGUGUUUAAUGUACAUCAAUGGGCCCCUAUCAAGAGCAUUAAAGGUGUCUAAAGCUGUUCCCCUGGGCUUCAGCACAGUCACACUGUACUCCAGUACCAUGGUCCCCUUGUUCGUCCCCUGUUGCCCCCAGCCUGGAGGAGGCAGAGGCUCUGGCAUCUUUACAUCAGUGCUGUCUUCCUGUGCAUCCGGCCUAGCCGGUCCCACUUCUACCCUGAGGCAGUAGCAGUCAAGAUGUACCUUGAGAGGUGACAGGCUCUGGUUACAGGACUCUAGUGACCCCACUGCUCUCAGUCAUGGGGGACAGUUGUAAGACCAUUCCUGAGGUCCUCAGAGGAGUAAAGGAGACUCAUUAACAGCUGAUACAGAGUAUAUUGGUAUUGAUUUAAUGCUUUUGAAAAGCAAAGACAAAAUAGUUUGUGCCCCUGGUCACUAUGGCAAAGACCUGAGUAGGCAUUUAUAUAUGUUCUUACGAGAAAAUAAACUUUCACGUCUAUGCAAAUGUAUAGCACGGGGAGGAGAGAUUACAGGGUUCUAUGAGUGUGUUUUCCCCUAUCGAAUGUAAAGAAGCAAUCUCAGAAAAUGUUCCUCAAAAAAAGAAUCUAUGAUUAAUCACAAAUUAGUCUCACAUAAAGACAUUUUUCAGACAUAAUGUUAAGAUUGAAAUUAAAGCAGCAGAUGAGCUCUGGGAGAUAGGUGUGUCAGGUUGCGAAGAAAUGGCCGAUGGGAAUAUCCCAGUGGGACAUUGUGUGGCAUUUCUCACACUUCCACAGCGGACACAGCCUCCGUUGCACACACGUUUUUAAAAUCCACACUCAACAGAUAGAUGUGUAGGAUGAUUUAUUUGUUGUCUCUAGGGUGGAUUUCAUUCGAUGCCUGACUUCAUCUCAUUACUUUCUUUUAAGAAAAGAAUAAAUCCUCUUGGUAUAGCACUAAAUUUUCUUGUUUUAAAAAUAAGCUCACUUCUUGAAUAUUUCCCUAACUUGAAAGAUCAUUUUCUUUCCCCUGGGAAGGAGGGUGCAAAUAUUUCAAGAACUUGUCACUAAACUUGAUAGGAAAUGCUUUCUACGUGAACUCCAAUCUGGUCUCCAUCCGUUUGAUAUAGCAACCCCACCCUGGAAUUCUCAUAGUCUAAGUAAGACAGUCUUCUGACAUUAGUACUAGCUUUCUAAAGCCUCGUGUUUGGCUCCCCGGUUCUCUAUUCAAAUCUCUACCCCCAACCACUAGGCCUCUGCUCUGAUUGAACCAAACAGUUGGAAGAACUGCUCAUGAACCCCGUGGGCUGUAUUCUCUUUUCGCCUCCACAUGACUGUUUUUCUGGAACUCCACUGCAGAACGCCAUUUUCCAGACUCUCAUUAGCCUGUCACACAGGUGCAGAGAGUGCCAUCCACUUUGGAGCCUCCUUGUCAGAGUGGAUCUGCUCUACCUGGGACUGUUUGUUUGGGAUUAGGCUGCAACCUGUGGGUCAUAUUUUGAAUUCCAGACUGGUUUUCUUGUUUCCUUCCCUCCUCCCUGCUGCAUCUCUCCCUCCAGCCCUUCUUGCCUUUCUUAAUUCCUUCAUUCUUUCCUGGCUUCCUUUUGACCUUUGAUGCGAGAAACACAUGGAAGAAUUAAUAUUUUUAAGCUACGUCUGGCCGAACCUGUUGUCAAAUGACAUUAAUCAAGCUAUUUUCUAGGGUUUGGGUUCAAGUUCGGCUGGUUUUCGUUAAGAAACUGGCUUCAGUUGCAUGCUUACAUACUUUGGAAGUUGGUCCCUAUGUUGUUUAUGGUCCUCCCUCUGAUUAGACCAUCGUCAAUCCUGCUAAGUGCUGACAUUCUGCAGAAAGAAGAAUAGGAUCUUUGCACACUGCACAGCCUUAGACAUUUCCAAAUACCCUGGGGACUUUCUUGGAACUGGGGGCUCUGUCACCACUGACUGAAGUUAACUCAGUGAGUUCUAAAGAUCUGGGACAUUUGGUGAAACUAUGCUACACACACACACACACACACACACACAAAGCCUCUGUCAUCAUAAUUCUAGGCUUUUUCUUCAAAACUUCCCAACACAAGCUAGGCAUCUUUAUGGCUCUGCCUCUUAAAACUUACUCAUGGUACCCAAGCAUCUUUGGUCCUGUUUGAUACAUCAAAACACACAUUAAAGUAGAUUCUACCUAGCAUUAACAUUGACCUUGAUGGAAGGCUAGACAGUUUCUUAUGUCCAUGGUGGAGUUUCAGCGACACUAAAGGAAUCGAAGAUAAGUCAUAAGCAGUAAAUGUCUGCCACUGAGAUGCUUCUGUCACUAGGAAGGACCAAUUCACAAAGUCUGGUGGGGAUGCUAUUGACUCGCAGGUGAUAGUGAAGAAUAAAGAAACAGAUGUGGCAUGUGAGAUGCAGAGGUGAGGGUUAUGUCACUCUCUAUGAAUAUGCUGUAUAGGCCCUGGCAGGGAGCUGGUCCACAACCAAGUACUGUGGUCCUGACAUUUGGACUCUUCUAUCAUCACACUUCCUGGGUGCAUGAGUCUUAGUCAAGGGCAUCGUCACCUCCUCACUUAUCUAUGAAGGGAUGGAAAUGGCCAGUUCUGACGCCCGUGCCAGCAAAUCUCCCACAUUAAUCUUGCCUUCAACUCUGGACAGUUUUUCAUCAAAGAGGAUUCCCCUUAAGGGUCACGUUAUUGCGUCAUUGAACAGCUCAAAAGAUGUUAUCCUAAAUAUGCAUCAGGUUUUGCAUUUGGUCAUUUUGUCAAAAUACAGUCUGCUGGCAUAUGAAUUCAUAUAUAUCCUCAUGUUUCAUUGUUGGAUUUUCUUGCGUUUAGAAUAAACCACAAAUAGUUCCUCAAUAGGUCAAGCCAAAUUCUUCAAUUGUUCCACAGAAACAUGAACUUUCUUAGCUUUGAGGUAUCCUAGACUCUUCAGUAAGCCAUUCAUAUUUUAAGUCACACUUUGGGAUCCACUAAGUUCAGCACUACAGUCUCAAUGACAGUUUGGGAACCUCAUCCAGAAAUACAAGACACCAUUUACCAGUGGGCAAUAUAGUGAACUCUGUCAGCAUCAGAUCAACCUCUUUUUCAAGUGACAGAUUAAGCCCCAAAAAUUACUUGCCAUGGAGGUCUCAAAACACUAACCUUUGCAAACUUUCUGUGUUUUUCUGGAGUCCAAAGAUGGUAUUAAACAUGCCGAGCUCAUCCGUAUGUUCCUACACCUUUAGAACUUCAUGGAGCAUCUAGCCAUUUAUAUUGAUACAUCAUUGUCAAUAUUUCAAAAACUGUUAUUAGCCAUGGGUAUCUGAUAUUAUCUAUUAUCAAAUACUAACGGACAUAGUGAGCAUUCUGCUUCUUAGAGAAAUGCAUGCGAGAUGGGAAAACCUAAGUUAAUGGUCUCAUUGACCUAAGAGGCGCAGUCCAGGGAAUGCUGUGUGAGAGAUUAAUGCCCAGAGCCCAGAGAUCAUCUAUCUCUCCAGGUUAUCUUUUCAUUUAUUAAUUAAUUAAUCAUUAAUUAAAAUGAUGGAAGAAGAUUUCAAAGCUCUAUAAAUACCUAGUCAAGGCCUUUAGUUGUUUCUAUGGGUAAUCUCAUGAAACAAAGGAGAUGGGUUGCUUUCUAGUUUGCUGCUGUUCCCUUUGGGAAACUGAAACCCUGUGGAUAACAUACAAUGUUGAACUAUUGACAGAACUUGCAAAACUCACUCUUCCUUCACUUACAUUGAAGUUGCAUUUACACUGUAAUGUUGCAUUAUCAGAAUGUUGGUCCAUGUUAUUGAAGCAUCAGGGAUGGAAACAGCUCUCUAGAGUAGUUCAUAUUGCAGAGAAUGUGCCGCCUCCUGAACACCAAAUUUGAAGCUGAUACAAAUGGUAUAGUUCAUAAUGAGAACCCAACCCCAAAAUGUGAUCUCACUGAGACCUGACAUUCUGCCAUCUAAGCUUGUUAUCCAUGACCAGAGCCUGUAGCAACUCUGGCCCCAAGUAGGCAUGCUUUACUGGAGAGACAUUGUACAGGUAACUAAACUAAUCAAGAGUGCUAUUGGGUCAGAAAGAGAAAAUCGGAGAUGGAAAUCACUAAAAUGUAAGCCUGACGGAAAAUCUCUACCCCCUCAUAAUCAGUCAAGAACCUAAAGACAGUAGGUCAGUCAUAAUCCUUAUCUUUCCCAGUUUCUUGGUAAUUUAAUACCGGAUGGUUCCAAUGUUAGAUAAAUACAAGCGGAAAGCCAAGCCUGGGCUCUGCUAAACAGAAACUGUUCUCCGUCAGGACACUAAGGAGGCCUGUUAUCUGCAGGAGAUGAUUGCCUUUCCUUACAAGGUUGCUAGUGCCUUUUAAAAGCUCUGUGCUGUUCCUCCUGGUUAUCGAUUAUUCCACUCAGAAGCCAAGGGGUUGGUUGUGUAUACUUUGAGGGAAGGUACUCUUGUGUGUCUCUUUGAAUUCAGGAACAGACAAUGAGAAAGAAAAGUCUUAUAUCCCGGUGUGGUUUCGCUCUCAGAACAGGAUCAAGGGGGUGCCCAGAUGAGGCGACUCAAUUCCAGCCUGCAAGAAAACCAUUGCUUUAGUUUUUAAAUCUUCAUGGAAACCUGUUAGAUCCUAUCCUGUGGUAGGAAAGUCCACUCAUUCGGUGUAUGUAGAAGUCACGGUUUGUUUCCUGUGCUCUUCAGGAGAGUAACAGGAUAAGGCAAACAGCUGCAGGUGACCAGAGCAGUGACACAGAGUAUGGAAUGAGAACCAACCGCAAUGUUAUGUGGGCUAUUUUAUUUUCCAACUCCAAUAUUAUAUGUCAAAAAUUUAAUAAACUUGAGACUUUCAACUUGGGUUUAAAAUGUUAGCAGUGUCUUCUAUGUCAAGUUGACCGCUUAUAUUUUACACAGUGACUGGGGACUGUCAUCCAGUUUCGAGAUCUGAAAAACGUGCACAGCGGCCUCUGGCCACUGAUUCACCAUAAUGCUCACCUCGUCUGUCAAUAAGACACACCAGCUUGUCCCAGUGUACAAUUCUGCAAACGUGUCACCAAAGCCUGUGCUACCCGACUUGAUCCGACUUUACGCCUGCUAUGCCCCCUUGCCUGAUCUGUGAUACAGAACAAAACUGUUUGGGAUUGUAAUUUCCCAUUCAUAGCAAUUUUUCCUUGGCCAACUUCAGCCCUUGGUAAGCUUGCAGACUGUUAUAGGUCUUAGGAUUUAAACGUCAAAGGCAGUCUAUGUUAGCUACUACAGAGCCAUUUCAAGAGUGAAGUCAGUCUGCAUAUGCCCGUCAGUUCCCUGAGAAAACACAACUUGGGUCUGGUGGCGGUGCACCUGGCUGCUGGCUGUUUUCUCCCUCAGACGCUGGACAACCCACACUUCUCAGUCCGUCUGUUUGGCUGUCAGCAUUUCCCCUGGACUCUCAGUAGACAUGGGCACAGACAGGAAGUUUCCUGCGGUCAUCGUCUCUUUGCUUCCCUCAUUAACACACUAGUUUAUGUUCUCCCUUAGAGCCGGCCAUCCUUGCCUCCAAUCGUUACUUAAUGACACCUGACAGAGAUCUUGUUUUCAGAAAUCAGUUUAAGACCCUAAUUGUGUCAACCCAGGAGGGGAACUCAUUCUGUCUGUCACUGAACCAAUUAUGGAUGUCCCCAAAAUCAGCCAAAACCAACUCACACCUGUCUAACCAAACAUACUACUAAGGUGAAACUUACACUUAUUACAGCAGUGGAAAUGUCACCUUGUGUCACCGCCCUAGGCUCAGUCCCAGUAGCUAUGUCUCCACCUUCUUCAUCUCUUAACAAUGAAAUCAUAAAAUGGUCCUGCAUAUUGCCAAGAGCAUAGUAUUUCCUUCCUAGAACCCCCUCCCAAUCCUGCUCGUCAUC